UUUAUAAACUCACCCUGUAGAUAUUCUUUUUAUUCACACCCACUGUAACAAAUGCUAUCAACUUACAGUGAAUUUAUAGUAAAACAGCAACAAUUAUUCAAUUCAAUAAACAAAUGAAUUCUAACACAAUUUAAUGGUAAUUAAAUAGAAUUUACUAAAAAAAUGAAUGAAAAUCCUAUACAAAAAUGUAGGACAUGUCUUAAGAACAGUACAAAAACAUUUCCUUUAACUAAACAAGCUAGAGGUUGUAAUCCCAAGAGGACCUAUGGUCAACUAUUAAAGGAAUAUGCUAAAUUGGAGUGCCCACCGGAUUAUGAACGUCUUAUGCCUAAAUAUUUAUGUUUUCUGUGCUGUCGUGAAUUGAGAAACACUUCGACCUUUAUACGUCAGGCUGAGUAUUGUAAUAGUAAACUGUUAGAAGUUAUUUCCAAACAAUUGGAUUGUUUAAAAGAAAAAGUAAUAGAUUUGCCAGAAAAUGCAAAGGAAAUUGAAAUUAAAACGGAAAAGGAAGGUAAUGAGGGUGAUGAUGAUAACGCGAUAAAGGUGCAGGACACUUUAGAUGAAGAAUUACAUAUUAAAGACAUGAAUAUACUUUCUAAAUCAGAAAUAUUGGAGAAAUCUGAAUCGGAUAAUGAAGUUAAAUUUCGAUAUGACGACAAUGAGGAAAAGGAUAUUAUUGACAAUUACGAAAACGAUACAAAUGAUUUAUCAGGGCAGUACGGAGAGACACAAAUUGACACAACCUGUCCGAUAUGUCAUAAAGUAAUGAGCCGACGUGAUAAUUUAUUAAAACAUAUGCGUUCCCAACAUAAUAUAGAGACGCCUAGUAUGCUAUUAGACAAAGAAAAGCCAGAACAAGAUAUUUUUAUCUGUAAAAUGUGUCCAAGUAAAUAUACAAAUAAAUACACGUAUUUAUAUCAUGUUAAAAAUAAACAUGGCAUUGAGGAAAGUACCAGUAAUCUAAAGGUAAAGGAUAAAAUUAUAAAAUGUCGUUCAUGUGAUUAUACAGCUAGAACUUAUGCUGCCCUUAACUAUCAUACUCGUUCGAAACAUGGUUCGGAAAAGGAUAAAUUUAAAUGUAAAUUUUGUUCAUAUCUUUGUUUGAAGAAAUUCGACUUAUUAACGCAUGUGAAAAAUUCACACAAAGAAUUAAUCAAAACCUUAAAAGCGGAAGCAGUAAAUCAAAUGGAAAAAGGUUUAAAUUUCAGUGUUACUAGUACUUCUUCUGACUUGUUAAGUAUAGAAGAUGAAGAUGAUACAAUUAAUAAAAAUGCCGACUCCUCUAGUGAGAGUGAUGAUGACAUACCAUUGGCACAAAAAAUCUCUAAAACUAGCCUAAAGUCUUCUGUUAAAUCUAACGUAGAUAGAGAAGAAUUUAGUGAUGAAGAAUUUAUAAGAAACAUUUUAAAUAUCAAAAAACGAAAGCCCAAAUCUUUAUCUAGUAAAUCCUUAGCCAGACGUUGUGAGGAAUGCGGUAAUAUUUACAAAAACUAUAAAGCUCUAUAUGCCCAUCAGCGACAUGUUCAUAUCACCGAAGAUAAAUACAGUUUGUGUCCGCACUGUGGUAAAAAAUAUAAAAGAAAAGCUGAUCUUAGGAUACACAUUGAAAAGUCGCAUAUACCCAAAGAUCCUGCAGAAAAUACAAAACAACCGUCAAAAGUUAGAGAGAAACGUUUUAUGUGUACAGAAUGUUCGUAUGUUUGUACUACAAUUACAAUUUUAAAUAUUCACAUAAAUCGUCAUCAUACCGGUGAGAAACCCUAUAAAUGUGAUAUUUGUUUUAAGUCAUUUAUAGUACCGUACGAUUUGAAGAUACAUCGUUAUUUACAUACAGGCGAACGACCCUAUAAGUGUCCAAUUUGUUCUAAAGGUUUUCGUGAUAAUUCCCAUAUGAUUAAACACAAACGUAUACAUAGUUCGGAACGUCCAUAUAAAUGUAAAGAUUGUGGUAAAAGUUUUACUCAAUCAUAUAAUUUGUCAGUGCAUAAGCGUACUCAUUUGAAAGAGAAAAAGUUGAAUUGUCAAGUAUGCGGUAAAGUAUUUGAGAAUAGAUCGUUAUUGAAUUUACAUCGUAUGAAUGAAAAUCACCAUGAUGAAGUUAUAAUUCCAUACAACAAAAUGAUUAAAACAAAUAAAUACAAGAAUAAAUGUCGAACAUGCUUAAAUGGCUCCAAAGGACUACAAUUGUUAACUAAAAUGAUAACAGAAGAAAAAGACGAAAGAAAAUCUUAUGGUGAAGUGCUAAAGGAUAUAACACAAAUUGAUUUGCAGAUGAUGGAUGAAAGUGACAAGGAAAUGCCUCAAAACAUAUGUGGUUGCUGUGUACGUAAAUUGAAAGCCGCAUAUGCAUUCGUCCAGCAAGCUCAGGAAGCCAAUGAUAAACUAUUGUCUAUGCUUAAUGAAACCGAUGAAGAUAAACCCAUAGAUUGCCUGCAGGAAGCUCAGAUAGAUAUACAAAAUUGUUUGGAAAUAAAAAUGGAAGAUGAGGAAGCGGGUGAAAACAAUAAGCCGGAUUUAACAAAAAUUGAGAUAGAUUUUAAAUUAGAAGAACCGGAUGAUGGUGGUAGUGGAGCUGUAAUUGAUACUACGGCAACAGAUAAACUUGCAAGUGCAAAAAAAGAAAAUAUUCCCCUCAAAGAUGUACUCGAAACUACCACUUCACCGCUGCAGCAAAAAGAGAUUAUGUCUGAUAGUGAAGAUGAUUAUGAUGAUGAUGAUAUUUUUGAUAAAGAUUUUACACAGCAUGAUGAAAAAGGACUAAGCGAUAGUGAGGAUGAAUCAGUAACAAGCAAUGAUUCCGAUUGGGCUAAAGAAAAAACUACAACAAUUGCUAAAACAAAAGAGACUGUAGAUAAACCCAAAACUCCUGUGCGCUCUAAAAAGAAACUAAAAGAAAAACAAGUUGAUGAUAAUAUACCCACACCCUGUGACCAAUGUGAUCGGGUAUUUCCAAAUGCUCGUUUAUUAAGUCGUCAUAAACGUCAUACACACGUACCCGAAGAGUUGAAAGUACAAUGUCCUUACUGUACGGCAAAAUUUGGACGACGCCACAACAUGUAUGCCCACAUGAGAACACAUCACAAAGACAAACCGGUAGAAGAACACAUAACACAACAGAGAAAAUUUCCACGUCAAUUUGCUUGUGAACAAUGUGAUGGUGUUUAUACUAGCAAAUAUUAUCUGCUAGCCCAUAUGAAUCUCAAACACAAUCCUGAUAAUGUAGCGCAAAAACCUAAACGUGUUGCUCUGCCUAAAAAACGUUUCCUCUGCACUCUAUGUGGUUCCAAAUUCGAUACACAAUCAAAUUUAGAUGUACACAUACGACGUCACACCGGUGAUAAACCCUUUAAAUGUGAUCUCUGUGAACGUUCCUUCUAUCGGCCGUGUGAUGUGCAAGCCCAUCGUCGUUCACACACCGGUGAGAAACCAUUCAAAUGUACAAUAUGUGAAAAACCUUUUGCCAGAUCGAAUAAAUUAAAAAUUCAUAUGCGUACACAUUCCAAUGAACGUCCCUAUAAGUGUGAUCAGUGUGAGAAAGCCUUUAAACAUUCAAAAGAUUUAAAUAUACACAAGCGUAUACAUACGGGUGAGAGACCGUAUACAUGCGGUGUGUGUCACAGUACGUUUACCCAGAGUAAUUCGUUAAAAUUGCAUCAGACAAAACAGCAACAUUUUGAAAUUAUCGAUCAAGUUGUGUCGUCGUGUUAAAAGUAGUACAUAUAAGAGUUAGUUAAUAUAUUUUCUAAUUAUAAAAACUUAAAA